UGUAAACUGGCUGGGUCAGGUGGAUUUGUGCGAUAGUAAUAUUUCUAAUUUUCUCGCAUCUAAACAAUUUUCUUCUAUUCAAGAACGAAAGGAAUAGGGAGGUCUCACUGAAUCUGGUUUCGGCGGUUUGCUUGAUUUGGAGUUGGAGAGCGAGGCCGAAAACAUGGGGCUUCUCAGUAUAAUUCGAAAAAUCAAGAGGAAAGAGAAAGAAAUGCGUAUACUCAUGGUUGGGCUUGAUAAUUCCGGGAAGACUACGAUUGUGUUGAAGAUCAAUGGCGAGGAUACCAGCGUAAUCAGUCCCACACUGGGCUUCAACAUCAAGACCCUCACCUACCAAAAGUAUACUCUUAACAUUUGGGAUGUUGGCGGCCAAAAAACCAUAAGAUCUUACUGGAGGAACUACUUCGAGGAAACUGAUGGUUUAGUAUGGGUGGUUGACAGUUCGGAUCUUAGACGGUUAGACGACUGCAAAAUGGAACUGGACAAUCUUUUGAAGGAAGAGAGGCUUUCAGGAUCAUCUUUACUGAUACUAGCAAAUAAGCAAGAUAUAAAAGGUGCCUCCCCAGAGGAAAUUGCUAAGGUACUGAACUUGGAAGCCAUGGACAAAACCCGGCACUGGAACAUUGUGGGAUGUAGUGCAUACACUGGUGAGGGGCUGCUUGACGGAUUUGAUUGGUUGGUCCAGGACAUAGCCUCUCGAAUCUAUGUGCUUGACUGAUGCCUACAGCAGCUACGAUGGACUUGCUUUUAGCAGAUUUUCUGUUUAAUGAGAGCUUUGUGUAUCUGUGAUGCACUCGUUACCAGAGUCUCUAAACUAGCAUUUGGGUUUUUUGAGGGAACAUUUGUCAGAUCUUCAAUUUAUAAUAGAAAGCCUGCAUUUUCCAAUGCUUUA